AUGUGUCUACCUGUGAGAAUUUUCGUACUCGUAACCGUGCUCCUGGUCGUGGCGGACGCAGCUCCUUGCUGCAUGUCGUGCUGCUCCUGUUGCAGUGGUUGCGGUGGUGGAGGAGGAGGCGGAUGUGAUGGCGGAGGCAGCAAUGAUCCUUUUGCAGCGCAAGCCACCGAAAUAGUGCGAAAAGUUAUGGCUAAGAAAAGACCAAAGCCACCAAAGACCAAUGCCGCAGCAAAGGCACCACCACCACCGCCGCCACCACCUGCAGACAUAGACGGCGAAAAAGAACUCUUUGCAAACAUGGACGAUCCGUCUUACACCGAUAUAAGGGCAGCUAAACCUGCGAAACCUCCGGCAGCUGCUGCCGCUGCUGGUGGUGGUGGUCCACUUCCGGGCGUCUAUCCAACUCCUGCGCCUUCUGCCGGAAAGAAGCCAGCGAAUGCCCACGACGGAGUUGGUCCAGUUCGGUACGAGACGGCACCAGGGGAUCCACCACCAAAAAUGGAUCCUCCCCCAAUGGCUCCCGGAGCGGAUAAAGCGAAAGUAGUCGAACCGGUCUACUGGACUGAUUAG